AUGACCACACAAAUAAGGUCUCCCGAAGGCUUGCCGUAUCCCAUUCAGAUUGAUAAACUCAUCCCAAGUGUAGGUUCGUACCUUCAUGAAGGCGAUAGGUUGCUUGUCUAUAAGUUUUGGUACUUGGUGGAAAGGGCCUCAGACACCAGUGAUGAUGACAACGAGCACGAUGCUUCCCCCGGCGGCGGCACCGGCAGUAAUGGUGCCUCUCCGCCAACCAAACAACUGCGUGAAUCCAUAGAAUUCUUCGAAAGUCCCUACGAGGGGGAUUUGAUUAGUUGGAAUGUAGACGUAGGAGACGAAGUAGCCACUGCUAAUCAAGUGAUUUGCGAAAUAAAAAGACCGUGCAAUCACGAUGUCGUGUAUGGUGGACUGUGCACUCAAUGUGGGAAAGAAGUCUCCGCGGAUGCCUUCGAUGGUGUGCCAUUAGACGUUGUCGGAGACAUGGACUUACAAAUUAGCGAGACGGAAGCUAUUAGAACUGGCAAGGCAUUGAAAGAGCAUUUGCGACGGGAUAAGAAACUUAUCUUAGUAGUGGAUUUAGAUCAAACCAUCAUCCAUUGUGGUGUGGACCCUACCAUUGCAGAGUGGAAGAACGACCCUAAUAAUCCGAAUUUUGAAACGCUAAGAGAUGUCAAGAGCUUUACAUUGGACGAGGAGUUAGUACUGCCACUUAUGUACAUGAAUGACGACGGUUCUAUGCUGAGACCGCCUCCCGUGAGAAAAUGUUGGUACUACGUGAAAGUAAGGCCUGGUUUAAAGGAAUUCUUCGCUAAAGUAGCACCCCUUUUUGAAAUGCAUAUCUACACAAUGGCUACAAGGGCUUAUGCCUUGCAAAUUGCCAAGAUCGUGGACCCUACGGGCGAAUUGUUUGGCGAUAGAAUCCUGUCGCGUGAUGAAAAUGGGUCCCUAACGACAAAAUCAUUAGCCAAACUAUUCCCCACCGAUCAGUCAAUGGUUGUUGUUAUUGACGACAGAGGCGAUGUUUGGAAUUGGUGUCCAAACUUAAUCAAAGUUGUUCCUUAUAACUUCUUUGUUGGCGUUGGUGAUAUCAAUUCUAAUUUCUUGCCGAAGCAAUCUACCGGAAUGUUACAGCUAGGGAGGAAGACAAGACAGAAGAGCCAAGAAUCUCAGGAACUGCUGACAGAUAUUAUGGAUAACGAAAAGAAAUUACAAGAAAAGAUAGAUAAGGAAGUCAAACGCCAGGAAGAAAAGUUAAAUCAUCAACUGGCGACUGCUGAGGAGCCCCCCGCAAACGAAUCCAAAGAAGAGUUGACAAAGAAACUAGAAUACUCAGCAUCCUUGGAAGUCCAACAACAAAAUCGACCCUUGGCCAAACUACAAAAACACCUGCAUGAUCAAAAACUUCUAGUCGAUGACGACGACGAACUAUAUUACUUAAAGGGCACGCUAUCAAACAUUCACAAAACUUAUUACGAUAUGCUCUUGCAACAAAAUGAACUAGAACCAAAUCUGAUGGAAAUCAUACCAAGCCUGAAGCAGAAAGUCUUUCAAAAUUGCUAUUUUGUUUUUUCAGGGUUAAUACCUCUUGGGACCGAUAUCCAAAGGUCGGAUAUAGUGAUAUGGACAAGUACAUUUGGUGCCACUUCUACUUCAGACAUAGAUUACCUCACGACACAUUUAAUAACCAAGAAUCCCAGUACUUAUAAAGCGCGUCUAGCGAAAAAGUUCAACCCACAGAUUAAAGUUGUCCAUCCAGAUUGGAUAUUCGAGUGUCUGGUGAAUUGGAAAAAGGUGGACGAAAAACCCUACGCUUUAAUCGUGGACAGCCCCAUUUCUGAUGAGGAGUUACAAAACUUUCAAACACAACUACAAAAAAGACAAGAAUAUCUGGAGGAGAGUCAAGAACAACAGCAUAUGUUGACAUCACAAGAAAAUCUAAAUCUGUUCGCUGCUGGUACCUCGUGGUUGAAUAAUGACGACGAUGAAGAUAUUCCGGAUACGGCCAGCGAUGAUGAUGAAGAUGAUGAUCACAACGACGAAAGUGAUGACGAAAACAACUCGGAAGGCAUUGACAGAAAGAGGAGCAUCGAGGACAAUCAUGAUGAUACAUCGCAAAAGAAGACUAAGGCAGAACCUUCUCAAGACGGUCCUGUACAACAUAAAGGAGAAGGAGACGACAACGAAGACAGCGAUUCACAGUUGGAGGAAGAGUUGAUGGGUAUGCUGGAUGGUUAG